AUGAAUAAAAUAAAAACUUUCCUUUUUUUUCACCUUGCCAUAUUAUUCUUAAAAAUUAUAGACAUAACAUGUUCAAAAAAAAAUGAUGUCCUAUAUGCAAAUCCAAAGUUUUCCCAAUCUACAGGAAGUGGCGGUGUAAAAAGCACUGAACAAAUUGUUCCUAGUUUAUUUUCAGAAAAGGUUGAAACCCCUCAGCCAACUAUUAACUUUUUUUUAGAAGAAAAUAGAAAUGCAUCACUUCAUCUUAAAUUGGCCAAUGAAGGUAAUAGGAAUAUAAGAAAGAAAUUUGCCGAUUUCCAAGAAAUGAGACAAAAUGAUAUACUAAGGUUUCAUGAAUUAAUGGCUAUACAAAAUGAACAAAUACAUAUGAUUAAAAAUCUAUUAUUGGCUAUGGAUAAGCUAUAG